AUCGUUUCAUUCAUUCGUUUCAUUUUUUUUUCCCCUAUAGGGCUCCUUAUUAGUAACACGACCUAGGUAGCCUGCUAUUUCCCCAGUCAAUCAUUGGACCUCACUCAAUCCUUAGGUCUUCUCUCCUGCCGGGUACUAUCUGCGCAGUCAAUGCUUGUUAUAGGUAUGCACAUGCCCUAGGUUCCUUAUAGCCAGGUACCUACCGGGGAACUGGCCUAAGCGUUUCUCACCUUCCCUUCCCUCACCGGCAGUGCCCUCCACUGUCCAUCCAUCAUCCCCCCGGACCCUCACUCCUUCGCCUUCACCAGGGUCAUCUCGUUCUCGUGUGCACUUUUCCCUCUUCAAUUCAAUUUCCACCUCCUCUCUCUUCACCUCUUACAGAUCAGGGUUACGUUGAGUUCUUGUUCUCGAUCACAUCUCAUAUUACCCUUGUCCCAGGCGACGGUCUCUUUCUUAACUCUCUUUCACAGGGCUCAUGCUCUGACACGCCUGCCCACUAUAGAGAUUGGUUUUGGAUCGCAUUUGUCGCGUCUCCGCUGUCCUGUCUGUCUGUCUGUCUGUCUGUCCUGGCUCGCCGACUUCGAGCUGCAAUUUUCGCUUUGCCUCGUCGUACUGACGCCUCUCGCCUGCUGCUCGCUACCCUGGCCACACCCUGAACGCAAACAAUCGAACACAAUCAUAUUGCCGGCACCGUUGCCCUCUGCUAACCGGGCUCCCAUUGACGGGGACUCGUCGGGCUCACUGUAACCGACUCGCUCUAGCUGCGACUCGACUGAUACCCUCGAUAUCGACUCGACCUCUAGACAGAUAUGGACGUCCACAACCAGCCGCGUCUACCCCCUCCCAAACCGGUUGGACUUAAUAACAUUCUUAACAACGACAACGCACCUGUUUCAGUCGUUAACGGCCCACCUCACAUGCGAGACUCGGGCUUCUACUCCAACGCAGACGCCUCCAACACAUCCGCUGCAUCUUUCAACGUGAAUGGUCUUAGCCCAAGUGGCUCCGGCUAUCAAUCCUCGUCGCACGAGAAGACACCAUCUCCGAUCGCCUCCAACAUGAUUCCCAACGGACUUGUCUCGCCAUCGACUACCAACAUGAGCGUUGCCGCAAUGGUAUCCCCUAGUACUCCCAGCAGUCUCGAUCCUCGCCGCGACCGUCCCACGUCCAUCGAGUCCAACGGUCUCGGUCCCAACCCUGGCCCUACGAUGGGCGACACCUUGGCGCCUGGUAUGGCAGCAAUGAGAAGGGAGAGUGUUGACAGCCGUAUUAACCAAAACUUUGGCGACUUGCGCCUGGGAGGCUCUCCUUAUGCAUCCCACAAUCACUCAACUACCUCGAUACAAAAUACCCUCCAUAAUCAGCGGAACCCUCACCAUUUAUCAGUCCAUCGCAUCUCAAACGGCUACCAACCCAGUGCGGAUCGAAACCCUGAGGGCAAGACGGUCAAAACCGCGCCGGCUAUCACUGGUCCUGCCACUGGACAUAUCGCACGCGCUGCAGAGCCCACCAAAGGUCAAGCAUGGGCGUUUCCCGAAGAAGAGAUUCAGCGAGUCGGUGGCGCCCCCACGUAUACCGACUCGCGGCGUAGUAGUAUCACCGAGUCUAUCGCGAGUAGCCAAUUCACAACAGAGUCUCGCCUACCCCCUGGUCAGAUGAGACUGAAUGAGUCCGAGUACUCUCGCAUGUCCAACGCAUCCGACUUUCCGCCUGUCCACCAUCACUCUAUGCAGCAUAAGCAAUUGAGUGACCUCCAGGCCGAAGAAGGGAAUGGUUCAACGGGCUCGCAACCAUAUAGUCGAACACCCGAAUUGAGAGUCAGCCACAAGCUUGCUGAACGGAAAAGACGAACGGAGAUGAAGGAGCUCUUUGAUCAGCUUAGAGAUCUCAUGCCUCAGGAACGAGGCUCGAAGGCCUCCAAGUGGGAAAUUCUAACUAAAGCCAUUGCAGAGCAUCAGAAGCAGCAAGAUAUCAUUCGAGCAUUACAAGAUCAUUACAAGUCUAACACGGCUGAGAACGAGUUGCUUCGCCGAGAUGUUCAUGCGUUACGAAUGGAAAAUCAACAGCUUCGUUCAGAGCUUAACUCUUCCUCUUCGCGCCCUCCAUUAUCCUCAGCAGCAACACCAGCACCACAGGCCGGGACUUAUCAGACGGACCCUUACCCUAACCCGAACCGACCAGAACUACCACCACUCAGGUCGCUCCGUAACAGUAUUCCAAAUGGACCGGACUCUAUGACGGGUGUUCAGUACGACAGCCCUCGUACCAAUGGCUAUCAUUAGAUGGGAACAAUCAAAUAUUCCGGAAUGAGGCUCAGGAGGCAAUACUUGCCCCCCCCCCCCCCAAAAAAAAAAAAGGUCUACCAUCUCGAACCUGUUGGACCCCAAUUAAUGAAUGAACGACGGCGAAAAGUUAUGACACCUGGAGAGCACACGCCGAGCACCCUUGCGAUUCCAACAAGAACUACAGGGCGGGACUUGACUACGAUUGCUGGGUCACCAGCGAUGCUCUGAGCCACAACACAAACACGCCGUGGCAUUAGAUUUGCUUAGCUACUUCUGUUUUUCUGUCGUCUUUUGCGGCAACGCUGCCGCUCAGUGUACCGGCACGGCAAACGGGCUGUGAACUGUCACUCUUCUUUGUGAAUUUCUUGUUCAGUACUCGGUCUUCAUCUCAUUCUGUCAUUUUCAUCUCUUUUUGUUUCCGUUUCUUAUUUUCCCCUUCUUCUUUUAUUUAAACAUGCACCACGCUCGACUAAUGAGGUGGCUGCUAGGAGUUAAGUUCAGGUUUGGGACAUAUAGGCCACUUAAUGGUACGGUACGGUUAGGUGUGUGGUCAGGCACGGCACGGCAAGGCAUGGAUAAGGAUAAGGAAUAGGUGCAAUGGGGUUGGUUGCAAAGGAUUUCGUCGGUUUUUGGGCUCGGAAGGACAAAGACGUCAUGGAAAAUACGGAGAUGGCGUGAAUAGUGUUUCGGGGCGUAUAUACCCAUUUUGCAGGAGGCGGAGCGGAUAGGAGGGGUUUAUGCUGUGGAAAAAACAUGCCGUGGAGGUGAUGCAGUUGAAAGACGUUCUGUUCUCUUCUUGCAAUGGCGUGGAUGUGAGCGUAUCGUAUGGUCUCGGUGUAUCGGGGGGCUGGUGGUAAAAAAUGCGAGAACAAAGAUAUUCAUCUUAACAAAUUCGUGCUUGCGAUAGAUUCUAUUAUGCAUAUUGUGAGAUGAAUGAAUAUGUCCUACCGGUUCUUUGCCAUGUCAUGUUGGAAAGCAGUGGGUAUCCCAAGAUAUGAGUAC